UUUAAAAUCACGAGAUAGACGACACGACACGCCUCUUUUCAGUUGACUGAUACAUUCACAUAGGCGGAGUUAAAUCUCUGCAUUUAAGAAGCAUACUUCUCAAUAUUAGGAUAACCCCAACAUCGCUUGAACGCUGAGAGGAGACACAGUAGCCUACUCCAGGUAUCUACGGACUGGUCACCUGCAGCUGUUCUUGCUUAACAAUCCACUUGUUAAUUACAUGUUAAUAUGUUGAAACUGAUAGUAGGCUUAGCACUCGUGACCCUGGUUGCUUGCUUGCAAUGCUCCAACAAUGAUGUCUGUGAGGCAGGCCAGACAUGCUGCCAGGCUCCCUCUGGAGACACCAGCUGCUGUCCCUUACAUCAUGGAGAGUGUUGUGAAGACCACCUGCAUUGUUGUCCUGAGGGCAUGCUCUGCCAAGUAAAGGACUCUAUGUGUCAGAAUGCCACACAUUCACUGCCAUGGGCGGAGAGGUUGCAUGCUGAACAUACAAGCCUUUCCACAGACUCUGAUAUUCCCUGUGAUGGCACUGUGACAUGUUCGGAUGAUUCCACAUGCUGUAAGACUAAAGAGGGAGGAUGGGCCUGCUGUCCUCUGCCAAAGGCUGUGUGUUGUGAAGAUUUUAUUCACUGUUGUCCUAAUGGUAUGAAAUGUAAUGUGGCUGCUGAGACAUGUGAGGACCCAUCAGGCUCUGUACCCUGGUUUGAGAAGAUACCCGUUCAACCAAUUAGCAGUCAGAAUGCGGGUGACACAAAAUUGUCUUCCACCUCUGAUAUUCCCUGUGAUGGCACUGUGACAUGUUCGGAUGAUUCCACAUGCUGUAAGACUAAAGAGGGAGGAUGGGCCUGCUGUCCUCUCCCAAAGGCUGUGUGUUGUGAAGAUUUUAUUCACUGUUGUCCUAAUGGUAUGAAAUGUAAUGUGGCUGCUGAGACAUGUGAGGACCCAUCAGGCUCUUUGCCCUGGUUUGAGAAGAUACCCGUUCAACCAAUCAGCAGUCAGAAUGCGGGUGACACAAAAUUGUCUUCCACCUCUGAUAUUCCCUGUGAUGGCACUGUGACAUGUUCGGAUGAUUCCACAUGCUGUAAGACUAAAGAGGGAGGAUGGGCCUGCUGUCCUCUCCCAAAGGCUGUGUGUUGUGAAGAUUUUAUUCACUGUUGUCCUAAUGGUAUGAAAUGUAAUGUGGCUGCUGAGACAUGUGAAGACCCAUCAGGCUCUGUACCCUGGUUUGAGAAGAUACCCGUUCAACCAAUCAGCAGUCAGAAUGCGGGUGACACAAAAUUGUCUUCCUCCUCUGAUAUUCCCUGUGAUGGCACUGUGACAUGUUCAGAUGAUUCCACAUGCUGUAAGACUAAAGAGGGAGGAUGGGCCUGCUGUCCUCUGCCAAAGGCUGUGUGUUGUGAAGAUUUUAUUCACUGUUGUCCUAAUGGUAUGACAUGUAAUGUGGCUGCUGAGACAUGUGAAGACCCAUCAGGCUCUGUACCCUUUUUUGAGAAGAUACCCACUCGUCCUAGAGAAGGUCUAGGGUCACAUGAGAAUAAGAGUUGUGACUCCAGUCACUCUUGUCCUGAAUCCAACACUUGCUGUAAGAACAUAGAUGCAGACUGGAAUUGCUGUCCCAUGCCUGAGGCUGUGUGUUGUUGGGAUCAUUUACAUUGCUGUCCUCAAGGCUUCACUUGCAACUUCAUAACACUCACCUGUGACAAUGGCGGCACCUCCGUGCCCAUGACAGUCAUUAUUCCUGGCUCAGCUAAGGAAGGUCACAGACAGACACAGCAUGAGGAAGUGAAAGAAGAAACGGGAGUGAGAAAGUACAAUAGCAGGGUGCCAUGUGAUGCACAAACUUCCUGCCCAGAUCAUACCACUUGCUGUUUGAUUGCAAAAACCAGCAAAUGGGGCUGCUGCCCGUUGCCUGAUGCUGUAUGUUGCAAGGAUGGAGAUCACUGUUGUCCAGCUGGCUAUGAGUGUGAUGUGAGCAAGGUGACCUGCGUCAAGAGAGGUGCUGUGAUUCCUUGGUACAAAAAAAUUGCUGCCAAGAGCACUCCAGCUCCAAGCUCUGACUUUGGCGAUGUUAAGUGCGAUGAUCAGACCAGUUGCCAGACGGGAUACACCUGUUGCCGUCUUUCUUCCGGAGAUUGGGGUUGCUGCCCUCUUCCUGAGGCUGUUUGCUGCCCAGAUCAUGAGUACUGCUGUCCCAAGGGUUACACGUGUGAAGCGGGUGGGGACUGUGUGCAAAACACCUGGCUGCAGGUGGACAGAGUCCCACUCACCCACACUGGUGGCAAAGAGCAACAACCAAUCAGCUCAGUAAAGGACAUUCAGUGUGGUGAUGGACAUAGGUGCCUUGAUAGUGAGACGUGUUGUAAAACCUCUGAGACCACCUGGGCAUGUUGUCCAUCUCCAAAGGCUGUGUGUUGUGAUGAUAUGAAACACUGCUGUCCUGCCGGAUACACGUGCGGUAAGGAUCGAGUAUGUAGUAAACCCAAAGGCCUCAAAUGGAACAGCUGGGGCAACUAGAGGAGGUUUUCCCCAGAAAAGAAAUGAGCUGUUUCUACGAAAACACAAUGCCCCACACCUCUUUCAGUGUGGGUUUUUUUUUAUGUGGGAUUUUUUUAAAUGUGACUAAUCAGUGCAAAUAAAAAGAGAAGUUAACAUGUUAUUGCAGUUCAUUGUAUUUGAACAGGAUUUUUGUGUGAAAGCUGGACAUGAUGGCUAAAAUAACUGUCAGUAUCACUAAUACCUUCUUUGACUAAUUUUGUUGUACAUGUGUCAUUACUGUAAAGUGUGUAGCCUACAUAUACACAGUAAACAAACUACUACAUACAUGUGAAUAACACAUAAUCAGUGUCUGCCCUCUACUGGCUGCUUUGAAUUUAUGACUCAAUAGCAAAAGUUGACUAGUCUUGGUUUCCAACGCUGUUCAUAGGCCUACUUAACAUAUAAACAUCACGCCUUAUAAAAACGAUUACUUGACAAGGGAUAAGUAUUUAAAUAAAUUACUUCAGAUAUGGUUUCUUAUUUUCUCUGUAUCUCCAUAUUGCAGGUCAGGUACAUCAUACACAAGUAAAAUCACUAACUGUACAAAUGAUUUCUGUAAUUUUCCAUUGAUCUAAAUGAUUGCUGUGAUGAUUUAUGCUUUGUAACAGAUAAUUAAAAAUUAUGUCUUGAGUAAAAUGCGUCAUUCCAAACUA